AUGGAGACGCAACCUGAUCGCCAGUCAGGCACCUACUAUGACAUCGGUGCUGGGCCUGUCGGCCUGAUGCUGGCAACCAUUCUAGCCAGAUGGGGAUACAGAAUCAAGCACAUCGACAACCGAGCUGAGCCGACCCCAACUGGAAGGGCCGACGGCAUUCAACCACGCUCUCUCGACCUUCUUCGCAACAUGGGCCUCAAAUCGGCUAUUAUGGCUCACAAGCCUGCUAGAGUCUACGAGGUUGCUUUUUGGGACCCGCCCAAGUCGGGCAACGGAAUCGCCAGGACUGGAACUUGGGCGAGUUGCCCGGAAUUCGUCGAUGCCAGGUAUCCCUUCACGACCCUUUUGCACCAAGGUCAUAUUGAGCGCGUUUUCAUCAAUGACCUAGAGAAGAACGGCGUGCAGGUUCAACGGCCAUGGACCAUUACGGGAUUCUCAUCAAAUGAGGCCGAAAACUCCGAGUAUCCUGUUGAGGUUAAACUUGGACAUGUCGAUGGGACCGCCCAAGAGACGUUGCGUGCCAAAUACCUGUUUGGCGGCGAGGGUGCUCGUUCAUUCAUCAGGAACCAACUACAGAUUGGCAUCAAGCACAAAGAUCCCAUAUCUUACGUAUGGGGUGUCAUGGAUGGCGUUGUAAAGACCGACUUUCCAGACAUCAAGAUGAAAUGCACAAUCCAUAGCAAGCACGGCUCCAUCAUGGUCAUCCCUCGGGAGGAUAACAUGGUCCGUUUGUACAUCCAAAUCGCAUCCUCCACUGACCCAGACUUCGACCCGCGCAAGACGGCAACCGAGCAAGAAGUACAGGAAUCGGCUCAGCGAAUACUGCAGCCUUAUUCCAUCGAAUGGGAGAGAACGGAGUGGUAUUCAGUCUACCCUAUCGGACAAGGGAUCUCGGACCGCUACACUCUAGAUCAGCGGGUGUUCCUUGGAGGUGAUGCCUGCCACACCCACAGCCCCAAGGCCGGCCAAGGCAUGAACACUGCGUUCCUUGACGCCCAAAAUCUGGCCUGGAAGAUCCACGCUGUAGAGGCUGGGUUUGCGCAGCGCGAUAUUCUCAAAACGUAUGAAACUGAGAGGAGGGACGUAGCUGAAACUUUGCUCGACUUCGACAAUAGGUACGCUAAGCUGUUCUCUCAACGACCUGACGCAGCAAGCGAAGCUCAGGCAGCUACCGAGAACGCCGGCCAGGAGCAGUCCGAAAACGCGUUCAUCAAGACUUUCAAGGAGUCAUGCGAGUUUACAAGUGGUUAUGGAGUGGCCUACAAGCCAAAUGUCUUGAAUUGGUCUGAAUCACACCGGGCUAAAUCAUCCUUGAUCCACCCCGAGGGUACGAAGCUUCGCACAGGCCGCCUGUUUAUGAACGCCGAUGUUACGAGGGUUGUCGAUGCCAAUGUUGUCCAUCUGGAGCAAGAAAUACCGCUCAACGGUUCCUUCCGCAUCUUCGUAUUUGCUGGAAAGCCUUCAACUACUCGCCAGGCCCUCGGAGAUUUCGCUACUCAUCUCAACAACAAGCGCUCGUUCUACGCCUCCUAUCUAAGAGAAGACGUGGACAGCGUUUCACACCACGAGCAACACAACCCUCACAGCAUAUUCUUCUCACUGGCCACGAUCUUUGCGGCAAAGAGAAACAGCAUCGAGAUUUCGCGCGACGUCCCGGAGGUACUGGGGCGGUACCGCGACCAUGUAUACGCCGAUGACAGGUGGGAUCGUCGAGUGCCGGACGCCAAGGCUGCUGCGCAUGCCAAAUUGGGACUUGAUGAGGAAAAGGGUGGCGUUGUCGUCGUGCGUCCUGACGGUUAUGUUGGGAUGGUUGCGAAGCUGGUCGAAGGCAGCGGCACGGUUGAUGCAUUGAACGAGUACUUCGGCGCAUUCUGCACCAAGAAGGUUGGAGAGACGCUAGCACAGCUGUGA